AUGGAGAGCAUCUAUAUGCCGGUCACGCGCACGAUCAACUUCGGUCCCAAGGGCGCCUUGGGCCCCGCGCUCAUCAGCAUUCCCGGCAUCCCGAGCCUCAAGAACUGGCGCGACGACGGGCCGAAGAUCAUAUCCACCGGAUGGAUCAUGAACGCGCAUCGCACGCCGUCGCUCAACGAUCCGAAUGUGACAGUAGCGGAUGUGCUAGAGAAGAUGGACACGAACCCGGGCGCGUAUUACGCGUCGAUCACGACGCCGAUCAACGCGCUGGGGCUCAUUCGCGGGCAUUGCUCAUCUCAUGACCCAUCGGCAUCUUAUCUCUUGGCUUGGCCCAUCGGUUCCUCGUCUUGUGGCCCAUCUGCUGGUCAUCUCUUGGCUCCUCGGAUCCUCGUCUUGUGGCCCAUCUGCUGGUCAUCUCUUGGCCCCUCGGUUGCUCGUCUCUUGGUCUCUCGGUUGCUCAUCCGUAUGUGGUACUACGGUAUGAUGGCGAGACAGGACAACGACAACAAGUGCGCCUGCCACCCAUGCAGUGGCGCUCUGGGGGACGGCUCUCAGGCCAGCAUGGGGACCCUUGGUCCCCUCCCCCACUGGGGGACGGCUCUCCGGCCAGCAUGGGGACCCUUGGUCCCCUCCCCCCCUGGGGGACAGCUCUCAGGCCAGCAUGGGGACCCUCGGUCCCCUCCCCCCCUGGGGGACGGCUCUCAGGCCAGCAUGGGGACCCUCGGUCCCCUUCCCCCCUGGGGGACGGCUCUCAGGCCAGCAUUUGGACCCUUGGUCCCCUCCCCCCCUGGGGGACGGCUCUCAGGCCAGCAUGGGGACCCUUGGUCCCCUCCCCCCCUGGGGGACGGCUCUCAGGCCAGCAUGGGGACACUCGGUCCCCUCCCCCCCUGGGGGGCGGCUCUCAGGCCAGCAUGGGGACCCUCGGUCCCCUCCCCCCCUGGGGGACGGCUCUCAGGCCAGCAUGGGGACCCUCGGUCCCCUCCCCCCCUGGGGGACGGCUCUCAGGCCAGCAUGGGGACCCUCGGUCCCCUCCCCCCCUGGGGGACGGCUCUCGGGGCGACGUUGCGACUCGCGGUCCUCGAGUUCAUCGAGAACGUCGUUGGGUGUGCGUGGAGUAGGUGGGUGACGCUGCAGUCAAUGGCACAGGCGCUAGAGUGGCAGUUUCGUCACUGCUGCGCCUGUGUCCCUUUCGUCCCUGACGCGCUAGUGGCAAUGUCGCCACUGGCGCAAGUGGCGAUUUCGCCACAGGCGCGCGUGUGGCGAUUUCGUCAGUGGCACGCGCCACUGGCGCCAUUGGCGAUUUCGUCACUGGCGCGCGCCACUGGCGCCAGUGGCGAUUUCGUCCCUGCCGCGCGCCACUGGCGAUUUCGUCUCUGGCGCGUGCCACUGGCGCAAGCGGCGAUUUCGUCUCUGGCGCGCCAGUGGCCGUUUCGUCCGGCGCACUUCUGUCUCAGUUGA